AUGACUUCCUCAUCUCGCUCGACCGGGAAGCGUCUCCCGAUCAGUUGUCAGGCAUGUCGAACGAGAAAGAUCCGUUGCUCUCGCGAUGGACGUCCGUGUCAAACAUGUGUACGACGAGGUCUCGGUGCUGAGGAUUGUAUCUACCUUGGCCAACCUCGUCUCUCUACAGAACAACCUCAAUCCGGAGACCCAAAUGUUCAGAAUGAAUUGUUAUCGCGAAUCAGAAACCUAGAGGGUCUUCUCCAAAAACAAGUGAACUCACAAGCUGGGACCCCAGUUGGAGCUCCGAAUUCUCCACUGGGUGCUCUUAGUGCCACCGGGAGUUUCUCGGAGUCUGAUGUCGGCGGAGGAUUGGAUUCGUGGGACUUCCGGAGCCCUAUGUUGGGCAAUAUUGGUAAGCUUCGCACAUCCCCUUCGGGCCAUGUCCGCUAUGUACCGCUCGCUUCGCAGUGGGAAUCGGUGGUUGCCAAAAGCCCCGCUGCGGAGUGUUUGCGGGACUCCGAUGCCGAUAUAGCAGACGAUGAUGAUCUACAAAUACCAUUGGCCCGGAAUGGGAAUGUUUCCCGGACCGAGCUUUUGGCUCUACUACCACCUGGUCGGUAUUGCGAUAACUUGAAAGAAGUUUAUUUCAAAGUUUUUUCACCGAUUUUCCAUAUUCUUCAUGACUUGACCUUUGAGGCCGAGUAUCAACAGUUUUGCCAUGACCCUGGUAGUGUUUCUACCUCAUGGCUGGCUCUUUUGUUCGCAAUCCUGGCCAUCGCUAUCAGCGCCUUAAACGACGACGAUCCACUUCUGUCCGACCUUGGUCGAGAGAGAACAGUCAGCCGAAACAUCAAAGCGUUAUCAGCACGUUACCGAUCUGCUGCACUCCAAUGCCUGGCUGCAGAUGGAGUGAUGACGAGGCACUCUAUCAACUCACUUCAAGCAUUAGUGCUAGUCAGUUAUGCCCGACUUCACCGCGGCCUACCAUUCUGGACCCUUCUCGGACUUACACACCAUGUUGCCAUCUCCAUGGGCUGUCACAUCGACCCAGAGCGAUUUUUCCUUGGUCCCAUUGAGCGCGAAGAAAGACGACGAGUAUGGGCUGGGUUGAUGAUGCUCUACACCAUCCAAAAUACAUCCUUUGGCAGUCUCGAGCAACAGCUACUCACCCAGGAUGUGAGAAUGCCAGCUGAUAUAGAUGAUAUUGAUCUUCUCACUGGACCAAGUGUCCCCAUGACUUCAGAUCCAUCUUCCUCCCCCUCUUCCGGUCGACCUACACAAAUGACCUACCUCCUCCUGAAUUUCCGACUACACAAACUUUCCAACAAGAUCUGCGAAACAAUAUUUACCUACCCUCAGGUGUCUCACUUUUCCAUUGCUCAACUUGAAGCUGAACUCAUGGCCUUCCGUGAGCUGUGCGAUGCGCGAUAUCAAGUCGAUAUAAAUCCAGAUCCUCUACCAGUACAUCACCAAGCCAACCUCAACAUCCUCCACAGUCAAGUUCACCAGCUUGUUCUCCUCCUCCUCCGACCUAAUCUAUGCCGCUUGCUUCAAGGCGAAAUCACUCCUGAGACGUGCGACUCUCGCGCGAAAUGCAUGACGUCCGCCAAAGCAGCCCUAUCUAUUUUCCAAAAUAUGCUUGAAAGCUCACAGUUUGCCCCUUAUAAGUGGUAUACUAGCGGCCUGGGUAGCUUCAAUGCCUUUCAUGCAGCAGUCGUUUUGGCAGUUGGCCUUCUGAACUCAGAGAGCCAAGCCAAGUUCGAUGAAACCAAAGAGAUGCUGAGUAAAGCAUUGGACAUGUUUGCCUCUCUCUCAGUGAGAAGUACGUUUUGCAGCAAGGCGGUUCCUAUCGUCCGACAGAUAAUUGAUAGCAUCUCCACUCAAUAUCAUCAAGUUCAACAGCAGCAACAACAACAUCAGCAGCAGCAAUCUCAAGCCCAGCUUCAGUCUCAACAAACACAAGCGCAAAUGUUCGCUGCAUUGGCACCUACUAUGUCCAACGUUAACGUGCCCGAUAGCUUCAUGUUGCCUCACUCGCAAUCUAAUUCGCCUGUACCAACUGUCGCGUCUUCUUCGAGUGACCCGACAAUGCAGUCGAGCUUUGCCAUGAGUAUGCAUCCUCAACAUUGGAUUGGUCCCACUUCAGUUCCAUGGGAUACAUUGGGGUCUGGCAUGCAAUAUGCAUUCGAGUCUGAUGUGGUAUAA